AUAAGGUGAUAUUAAGCGUAUUCGUAGCCUGGUGUAAAUAGUAAAGAUGGCUUCAGCUUUGGAAAAUUUGGAAACACAAUUAGAACUUUUUAUCGAAAAUGUUAGGCAGAUUCGAAUAAUAGUUAGUGAUUUUCAACCUCAAGGUCAAAAUGUACUCAAUCAAAAAAUUCAAGGUCUUGUAAAUGGAUUACAAGAAAUAGAUAAACUCAAAUCACAAGUUCAAGAUGUCCAUGUACCUUUAGAAGUAUUCGAUUAUAUUGACCAAGGUAGAAACCCACAAUUAUAUACUAAAGAUUGUAUAGAAAAAGCAUUGACGAAGAACGAACAAGUUAAAGGAAAGAUAGAUGCAUACAGAAAAUUUAAAGCUAACAUGUUAGUGGAAUUAAAUAGAGUAUUUCCAAAUGAAUUAGCUAAAUACAGAGCAGUACGUGGAGACGAAUGAAAAAUCAAGCAAUCAAACGAUUCAUUAAAGCUGAUAUGUACCAUACAUGUUCAUUAGAAAUUUAAUUAUCAAAUCUUUUUUUGCUUUCUAAAAUGAAUCGUUAUUAUCUUGUAUAUAUUAGACAUAAAUGUUUAUUGCCAUUUAUAACGUCAAUAAUAUAACAUUUCUAAGAUA